AUAUAUAUAUCUAUAAUAAUUUUAUUUACGACUAUAAUCCGAUAUGACAGUCACACCACGAAACAAAGGAAGCAAACUUGUAUUUAUUCUAGUUUGGAUUGGGUGCGUAACUUGUAAAUUAUAUGAAGUACAGAAUUCGUGGGACACCGGUUUUCAAGGAGAAAUCAAUAUACCUAUUAAAAAAGAUACAGAAUUUGGCUGGAAGCUUGAAAUUAAAUUUCAUAAGCCAAUAGAAUCGUUUGAGUGUUGGGUUGGGAAACUAAAAUCUUCAGAGCAAGGAGAAUUCGGGAGCAAAUACGUCUACACCAAUUUCAAUUACAACAAAAUUUUGGAGUCCGGGGCGGAAUUGAAAGUAGAGUUCAAUGGAAGGUUCAUUGGAAAAUCGGGACCAAAAGUUCCUCCCGUAACUAUUAAGUUCCAGAACAAAGUUAUCUAUUCAGAUUAUUAUGAUAUGGCUAAUGAUCCAGUAACUGUUUCUACUACCGAUAUUGUGUUUGUGCUAAACAGUUUAACUAAGGCAACCGCAUCAACUGUACCUCAGAACAACAAUCGACAAACUAAUAAUGAACAGUCACCACCUAUUAUAAAUGAGGUUGAUGUGGAAGAUUCAAGAAACCCGAAUAUUAACGAAAUUAAUAACCGAAAUAAUCAGCGUGUACAAAAUAUGAACAACGACGCGAACGAACAAACAAGAGACAAAACAAAUGAGGGCGAAUCGAAUACGUCAAGCGAAAACACAAAUUUUGAAGAUUACGACGACGAUAUGGGCAGUGGGGAAGAAUUUUUAGGCGCUACUAUUCCCCCAGGCCGUCGACCUGCUCGGCGCACCAAGUACCCAUAUAUUAGAGCAAUUCAAAAAUCGUUGCUCUUUUACGAAGCGCAAAGAUCAGGCCCCUUACCGGAAGAUAACAGGAUAGAAUGGAGAGGAGAUUCUGCUCUGAGAGAUAGAGGACAAGAUGGCGAGGAUUUGACAGGAGGAUAUUAUGAUGCUGGAGAUCAUGUGAAGUUUGGAUACCCAAUGGCGUUCUCGAUCACAACAUUAGCCUGGGGAGUUAUAGAAUAUUGGGAAGCAUAUCAGCAAGCAGGAGAACUUGAAAAUGCAUUGAAAGCAUUAAAGUGGGGAACUGAUUACAUUUUGAAGGCAUAUGUGGGACGCUACGAAUUUUAUGGGCAGGUAGGACAUGGUGAAAAAGAUCAUAAAUAUUGGGGAAGGCCAGAAGAUAUGCAUAUGGAACGACCAGCUUUUAAAAUCACAGCAGCAAAACCAGGAUCUGAUUUAGCUGCCGAAUCAAGCGCUGCUUUGUCAUCUUCGUCCAUUGCAUUUCAACGAUACGCUAAUCGACCAUUCGCACUUCCUGGAUAUCUUAAGAAGUUGCGGAAUUCGGCAGAAGGACUUUACCUGUUUGCGACUAAAUUUCAAGGCAAAUAUCAAAAAUCUAUCAAAGAUGCCGAGACAUAUUAUCCUUCUACAAAUUAUCUUGACGAGAUAGUUUGGUCUGCAGCAUGGUUGUAUCGUGCGACUGGAAAAACCAAGUAUCUACUGGAGGCUGAAGGAAAAUAUCAAAACUGGGGAAUGUUCAAACUUCCAGAGCAAUUUAUAUUUUCGUGGGAUGAUAAAACAGUGGGAGCACAACUCCUUCUAUCGCAGAUUACGAAUGAAAUGAAAAGCGCGAACUAUUUAGCACGAGCUACAUCUUAUUGCAAAGAAAUUCGUGAUAACAGAAAGCGAUAUACGCGGAAAGGAUUAUUAUUUAUGGAUGAAUGGAGUCCUUUGCGAUAUGCGGCAAACAUAGCAUUCAUAUGCCUUAUGACAGCUGAUCAAGGUGGGGAUUCGACGUUGAAUUUUGGUUUUGCUCAGAAACAAAUCCACUAUAUGCUUGGGGACACUGGACGAAGUUAUGUCGUGGGCUUCGGGAGAAAAUAUCCUAAAUUUCCACAUCAUCGUGGGAGUUCGUGUAAACUCAAUGAUCGAUCGUGUAACUGGGGUGAUUUUAAUUCAAUGUCUCCAAAUCCGAUGAUUUUACAUGGGGCUUUGGUAGGUGGACCAAACCGAAAGGAUGUUUUUGUUGAUGAAAGAAAAAAUUUUAAAAGCACAGAAGUGACACUGGACCAUAAUUCUUGUUUCCAAGGAGCAUUGGCUGGCCUACUUCAUCGUUCUAUUAUCGGAAUCGAACGCCCGAACAACAGGUCUCAUGAACCAUGGUACUACAAUAUGCAGACGACAACUACAACCAUCCGAACGUCAACAACAACGCUUGGCUCAAGCCCCAUGGUUAUGCGACCAUGCUUCUAUUUUUUGACUUUCUUGUGUAUGCUAGUGAAUUUGGGACUUCGAUAAAAAGGACAUUACCACGACGAACUCGACGUCAUACUACAAAAAAGAGACGUAAUACCCUAACAACGAACGAGGGAACUUUCUCGAAAUGACCAACCCAUAGUCCACAAAACAGACCAAUAUUCUAUGAUACUGAUAUGAGAAACUCUAUUGGGUUUAACAAUGGUAUAGCCUACAUGGUUACUGCUGAAAAACGCACGAGAAUUUAGUUGCAAAUAUACUUAUUGAAAGUCGAACCGCAGUGUAUACCAAUCACCAUUCCUUAUGUACAUAGCUUCUGAUUCGCGUGUUGUUUCCGUGCGUUUAUAUAAUUAUCUUAUCGUUACAUUUUUAAGUUUUGAUAAAUUAUGAAUACAUAGUUUCUAGUUCUAUUUGUUUAAUUCAUUCAUAUAUAUGUCAGCCACAUUAUUGCUUUUAUGUUUCUAUAGAUGCUAAAUAUAUAUUUCUGCUCUAUGUAUGGUACAAGAGAGCGAUGCUCAAAUAUACGAAUACCAAAACCAGGCAA